CGCCGGAUGGCCUGCGACUUAGGGUCCGUGAUUAACCUUUACCAGCUGAGUAAGAGAUGUUUCUUUCUCAUAUCUCUCCCCUCUCUCCCUCCCUUCUCCCUCUCUGUUUCUCCCCUCCCUCCGUCCUCUAUCUCUCCCCUGUCUCAUAACUCUUCACUCUCUCCCUGCCUCCCUCUAUAUCUCUCCCCUUUAUCCCCCUCUUUCAUAUCUCUCCCCUCCUCUCUCCAUUUCUCCCCUCUCUUCGAUCCUCCUCUCUGUCUCACUGCGUGAUAACAAUGGAGUGCGUUAAACCCACCAGCGGUGAAACAAGCUGUCAGACUAGUACGAGCUGAAAGCCGGAGGCGGUUCGCACGUCGUCAGAGAAGUCAGGGGCCUGUCGCGUCCACAUCACAUGUCGCAUUACGUGUUCGUCUAUGGAACUCUCAAGACUGGCGAGACGAACCACAGGAUCAUGACCAACCCAGGCAACGGUCGCUCCACGUUGAUUGGCCAGGCGAGGACGCUCAAGAAGUGGCCGCUGGUUCUCGUGUCCAAUUACGAGAUACCGUGUCUGCUGCCUUGUGAAGGCUUGGGCCACGAGGUGUGCGGCGAGGUUUACCAAGUGGACGAUCGAAUGUUGGAGGUCCUCGACUGGCUGGAGUCGCACCCCGACUUCUACGUCAGGUCGCAGGAAGACGUCGUCAUGCUGUCGCAGCCGCAUUCGUCGACGGACGUGGAAGGUACAACAGUGCGACCGUCAUCGACAGAGGCCGGCGACAAGCGAAAAGCGUGGGUCUACUUCGUGCGCAAGUUCGAGCGAGAACUGCUGUCGCUACCAACCGUGCCACACUACACCCGAAAGCCGGGCAUCGAAUUGCCGGAGUUUAACGCCGACGAAAAAUCACGACGAUUUCUGGACAACGGGUUUCAACGCAUCGCCGCGAGUGCGCUAAGCGCGUGUAUAGGAAUUAGUGCUUGCAAAACAAGCAACAGAAAAUAAAGAAAA